AUGAUUUAGUCGUAGUCUUUAAAUUUAAGAUGUGAAAAGGAUGAUCAUAAGGAUUACAUAGACAUGUUUUGUUUUAAUUAGUUUUGUACAGAAUCUAGAUUAAAUUGCUUUAAGUGCAUUUAGAAAGGAAUCCAUCAGGCUCAUUUGAAUGAUGUUUAAAAAUUCAAUUAUCUCUUAAAAUUUAUUGAAAAUAAAAAUAAGGAAUGUGAUGAUUUGAUUGAUGAUCUUAAUUAAUUUGUAGAAUCUGUGAAUCAAUCGUUUUCUUAAUUUAAAACUGGAAUCAAAAAUAAAUAUUCUUUAUCAAACGACAGAUUACUAAAUCUAAAUUAGUAAUAAAUAAAUGAUGUCUUGAAUUCAAUCAUCAAAUAGACUGAUGACAAGUAAUUAAUAACAACACUCAUUUCAGAAUAGACAAAGAAAUUAAAUCAUUCUUUUAAUUAUUUGUAUGAAUAAUUAUAAUUAUCAUCAAUUAAUUAUUAUCAAAUUUUAGAAAACAAUAGAAAACUAUCAAAAGAGCUUUAUGAAAGAGGUCAUAAACUAUAUAAGGUUGAUAAGUAUAAAGAGGCCAUUGAGAUAUUUGAUAAAUCAAUAUAAUUAGAUCCUAAUAAUCAUUUAUCUUUAUAGUUUAAAGGUAAAAUAAUAAACUAUUAAUAGGCGAAUGCUUAAAAUAAUUAGAUCAAUAUGAGUAUGCAAUCACUUGUUUGGAUAAAGCAUUAGCUAUUGAUCCUAAACAUGUUGAUUCCUUAUGUAUUAAGGGAGAAUG